CGCCGCCUCAGUCGCGCGCGGGCACGGCGUGCGGGCGCGCGCAUACUGCACGUGCAUGGCGCGCCUGACUGGAUGCCUCGCGCCCUCGGGGAAUGGCUUCGUCCGAGGAAGAGGCGACUACAGCGUCGACCGACUCUUAUCCUGAAGAUGAUGACUGCCUCAGUGUCCGAAAAUGGUGGUGCUUUCUGCUGUCGUCGAUAUUCACGUUCCUUUGUGGGUUGCUGGUGGUGCUGGUAUGGCGCGCGUGCGCGUUCGUCUGCUGCCACAAGGAGCCGGAGCUGGCCCCCAACGACCCCAAGCAGAAGGAGCAGAAGGCGGCGCGGCAGGGCAAACAAGAGUUCGAGGGCACGUUCAUGACCGAAGCGAAAGACUGGGCCGGCGAACUCAUAUCCGGUCAGACCACCACCGGACGAAUACUGGUAGUGUUGGUGUUCAUCCUGAGUAUAGCAUCGCUCAUCAUCUACUUCAUUGACGCGUCCAGUGAAGAGGUUGAGCGAUGCCAGAAAUGGAGCGACAAUAUUACUCAGCAAAUCGACCUUGCCUUUAACAUAUUUUUUAUGGUCUACUUUUUUAUACGAUUUAUAGCAGCUAGUGACAAACUAUGGUUCAUGCUCGAGAUGUAUUCAUUUGUAGAUUAUUUCACGAUACCCCCAUCCUUUGUAUCAAUAUACCUGGAUAGAACGUGGAUAGGGCUGAGAUUUCUCAGGGCUCUACGCUUAAUGACCGUGCCUGAUAUUUUGCAAUACCUCAAUAUAUUAAAAACAUCGAGCUCAAUUCGGUUGGCGCAAUUAGUUUCUAUAUUUAUAUCAGUGUGGUUGACCGCAGCCGGCAUUAUUCAUUUGCUGGAGAACUCGGGCGAUCCGUUAGAGUUCGAGAACGCGCAGAAGCUGUCCUACUGGACGUGUGUGUACUUCCUUAUAGUGACCAUGUCCACCGUAGGUUACGGUGACGUCUUCUGUCACACAGUACUUGGAAGAACAUUUUUAGUUUUUUUUCUCCUCGUCGGCUUGGCAAUGUUCGCUAGUAGCAUUCCCGAAAUUAUAGAGCUGGUAGGAAGUAGGUCCAAGUACAGUGGCGAGCUGAAGCGUGAACAUGGAAAGAGGCACAUAGUAGUCUGUGGACACAUUACAUACGAGUCAGUGAGCCAUUUUUUAAAAGACUUCCUCCAUGAGGACAGAGAGGAUGUGGACGUCGAAGUUGUUUUUUUACACAGGAAACCGCCCGACCUGGAGCUCGAAGGCCUGUUCAAGAGACACUUUACCACUGUGGAAUUCUUUCAAGGCACCAUUAUGAAUCCAAUCGACCUACAGAGGGUGAAAGUUCACGAAGCAGAUGCGUGCCUGGUGCUAGCCAACAAGUACUGCCAGGACCCUGAUGCAGAAGACGCCGCCAACAUCAUGAGGGUUAUCUCCAUCAAGAACUACUCCGACGACAUACGGGUGAUCAUCCAGCUGAUGCAAUAUCAUAAUAAGGCCUACCUGCUGAAUAUUCCAUCAUGGGACUGGAAGCAAGGCGAUGACGUCAUCUGCCUGGCGGAGCUGAAACUCGGCUUCAUCGCGCAGAGCUGCCUCGCGCCGGGCUUCUCGACUAUGAUGGCCAACCUCUUCGCCAUGCGCAGCUUCAAAACGUCACAAGAAAUGGCUAUAUGGACUAAUGACUACAUGCGAGGUACCGGCAUGGAGAUGUACACCGAGACACUAAGUUCAACGUUUAUCGGGAUGCCGUUCAAACAGGCCGCAGAGUUAUGCUUCACGAAGCUGAAGCUGCUCCUCCUGGCCAUCGAGAUCAAGGGCGAGGAGGGCGCCGACAGCAAGAUCUCCAUCAACCCGCGCAGCGCCAAGAUACACGCCAACACACAGGGCUUCUUUAUCGCACAAUCCGCCGAUGAGGUUAAAAGGGCUUGGUAUUAUUGCAAGGCUUGCCACGAAGACAUCAAAGACGAAACGCUCAUCAAGAAGUGCAAAUGCAAAAACUUGACCGCGCACCAGCGGAAGGUUGGAGCCGACAUAGAUGUUGGAAUGAUGAUGAUGCAGACUGGGAUGGUGAAACAAAGUCUUAAUACGUACCGGGCUUGUCUCGACGAUGAUCACCAUCCUCCCCCCACCUUCACGCCGCCAGAGUUGCCCAAGAAGGUCCAUGUUCGAGGUGAGAUUGCGAGGGAAAGAGGGGAGGAUACUAGUUUAAUAAAUCGCAAUCACCGGAACGCGGCGCCAACAGCGCUGCUGUCUCCGAUGGCGAACCAGCUCAUGAACACCACCACUACCAGGCAGGUCAACAAGGUGAAGCCCAAUGUCAACCGGGCACCUCCCGACACGAAUCCCCAGGAUCAAGAUACCAAUUACCAGGCCUAUCACCUUGCCUACGAAGUGAAAAAACUCAUGCCAACGAGUAGAAGCAGUGGUGGUAAUCAAAAUAGCAAUGGCGUCAGCUUACCCGCGGGCUUGGCUGACGACCAGUCGAAAGAUUUCGACUUCGAAAAGACUGAAAUGAAGUACGACUCCACUGGGAUGUUCCAUUGGAGCCCCGCAAGAAACUUGGAAGAUUGUAUAUUAGACAGGAAUCAAGCGGCCAUGACAGUUCUAAACGGGCACGUGGUAGUAUGUUUGUUCGCGGACCCGGACUCGCCGCUCAUCGGGUUACGAAACCUGGUGAUGCCGCUGAGAGCGUCCAACUUCCACUACCACGAGCUCAAGCACGUAGUCAUCGUAGGAAGCGUCGACUAUAUUAGGAGAGAAUGGAAGAUGUUGCAGAAUCUACCCAAGAUUUCUGUUUUGAAUGGUUCACCGCUAAGCCGGGCCGACUUGCGUGCAGUUAAUGUGAACUUGUGUGACAUGUGCUGCAUCCUAUCAGCGAAGGUGCCAUCCAACGAUGAUCCCACGCUGGCAGACAAGGAAGCUAUCUUGGCUUCGUUGAACAUCAAGGCGAUGACGUUCGACGACACGAUAGGAGUGCUGAGCGCUGGAGUGGGGACGAAUGGGAACAGUACGGCGCCACCGCCUCCGGGGCAGCCGCCCGCGCCCGUGCUGUUGCAGAGACGGGGCUCCGUGUAUGGUGCCAAUGUGCCUAUGAUUACUGAGUUAGUGAACGACAGUAACGUGCAGUUCCUGGACCAAGACGACGACGACGACCCGGACACGGAGCUGUACCUGACGCAGCCGUUCGCGUGCGGCACCGCCUUCGCCGUCAGCGUGCUCGACUCGCUUAUGUCCACCACUUACUUCAACCAAAAUGCCUUAACGUUGAUCCGCUCGCUGAUCACGGGCGGUGCUACGCCUGAGCUGGAGCUCAUUCUGGCUGAAGGCGCCGGCCUGAGGGGCGGCUACUCUACGCCGGAGAGUUUAGCUAAUAGGGACCGGUGUAGAGUGGGCCAGAUCUCGUUAUACGACGGGCCUUUAGCACAGUUCGGCGAGGCGGGCAAGUACGGGGAUCUGUUCGUGGCCGCGCUCAGCACGUACGGCAUGCUGUGCAUCGGCCUCUAUCGGUUCCGGGAUACGUCGUCCUCGUGUGACGCGAGCAGCAAGCGAUACGUCAUCACCAACCCGCCUGAUGACUUCUCACUGUUGCCUACCGACCAGGUGUUCGUGCUGAUGCAGUUCGACCCGGGCGUGGAGUACCGGUCGUCGCGGCGCGCGGCGGCGGCGGGCGGCAAGGACGACGCCUCCUGACUAUUGCUGUGCAGCGCCCUCACGGACGGGCCCUACUCCUACAUCUAGGCAGUAGUGGCCCGACAACCCCCUCCGCUCCCCACUCCUAGACAACACUCCUGGGUAAACGUCCAAAUAUUACUACAUUUUAUCCUGACUUAUUUAUGCCCGAUCCCUAUAAACCAGAAUCGAUUCAUUCUGCUUGCGGAGGAUAGCUUUUUGACGUUUGUUCUAGGAAGCUUAUGUCAAAAAUCUACCAUCUGUUUGCAAAAGGAAUCGUCUGAGUUGUAGGAACCGGUCAUAAGUCGUAAAUGGGAGUGCUGCUACCUCCAUUACCCCCUUUUAUUUUAAUUUGGCAACUGUAUAUGUUAGUUUAAGUUGAACACUUCCUGCACAGCAAUCUACACUACUCCAAACGCACUCUUGUAUAGAAUAGCAUUCGUUUGUUUAGCUGUGUCUGUCUACUGAAAGCAAUAUAAUAACGAAAUCUUAAAAAUAUAAAUUCGAUAUAGACUCAUAGCGACUUGUCUCGCAGUCAAUAGUAUUUGAAUCAGUUCAGAAUAUUAAAUGAAUUUUAUCUGGCACGAGAAAAGCAGUCUAGAAGCAAAAACAGAGGAUAGAUUGUUGUUACCAGCUGUUACAAAUACAGAAUUUUAGAAAGCGCAUAAGAAUAUAGAAAAGCUUUCGGUGUUUAGGAUAAAAGUUAGGCAGAGUUCAGUAUAAAACUGUUGUUACCAAGUUAAUAAAUUUUAAAGGAUCGAUCGUAAGUUAAGGCAAGUAGAAAGUUGGAAUUUUGAAAUGUUAUGGCACACCACACCGGCUGUAUUCGUUUGUAGUGUACCGCUGAUAUCAAGACUUUUACUGAGGUAGUUGCUUUAACAACAGGAGCUCCCAGUCUAUUGCAAACCUACCGUUCAUGCGGUAGAUUUACAACGGACCACAUAGAGAGACGUCAGAUAUUGAGGAUGUAACUACCACGAAAGUACUGAAUACAGCGGUACACACUGCACGAUUGAAUUCCAAUCAAACUGACACAUUAGUACAACGACUUGCAAUAUUAAUAUAAUUCAAAUGGAAAUAUGAUAUCGGUGGUGGUUAUUUAGUUAUAGGAUUUGUUUAUAAAGGUGGUGGGAAAAUAUACACAUGCAUACACAUUAACGGCAAAGUCCUGACACACCUCUUUCUUCCUACAACAGUAGUUCUUCAGACGUCCAGGAAAAAUCCCAUACAGUGAGUCUAGACUAUUCUUAAGAGCUACGAUUGGAUCGGAAUGGAUUUCAAAAACAUAUGAUACUGGUUCCCACAAAAAUAUAAAAAGAACCACUGUUGUAUCUUCAAAUGUUCGCGUAUGGUUAUAACUUCUAACAGUUUCUUCAACAAACUGUUUUCUAUUUCUCAAAACUGCAUGUCUGCAGUUCUUUUUAUUCAAAGAUUCUUUUUCUUUAUAUCUAUAUCUUUCCUAAGGUUUCUAUACUUAUUCGUAAGUCAUGCUCAACUAUGGAAACCUUUAAAUUUUUUGAUUGCAUGUUGAUUUCACGUGUAAAUGGACUUAGGUGUAGGCUAUCGCUUUUCUUAGAAUAUCCAUUCCUUAUUCAGUAGUUUUUUUCUGUCACUUUUCACGUAAUUAAGUGCUAUUUAUAAAGUUGAAAUAUAGACAUAUUAUAAGCAUUUAAUGUUAUUCAUCGACUGAUUGUUAAGCACAUCUUCAUCAUCGUUACUUUGUGAUCGUACGAAGUUAUUUUAGUCAUUAUUUUUUAAGUUUUUAGAUGUUUGUUUUUCUAUGGAUUCACAUUGAAUUCAUGUUUAGUUUUAAGACACUCUGCCAUAUUCAAAAGUGCACGUAUGGUAGUAGUCUGCAUACAGUUCCAUUGCUCACUGUUUAUCUUCUUUUUUUAUUAUUCUUUUAUAUUUAUAAGAUUUAGACUACAAGUUGAAUAUUUUUGUGCAGAAACGAAUUAAUGUUCUUUCUAUGAAAAUGAGAGAGAAUGCCAUAACUUGUGACGCGUUAUUUCACCUUCAGAUCUGCAUAAAAGUACAGUCAACUGUUACAGGAACAUAGUAACUUACAGCUUCACCUUAUAGUAUUUACCACGUUUUGUUUUUAUUUUUAUUUUAAUAAAAUUAUAUUACGCUAAAUUUUUA